UCUGCUGGGGCUGUACUUGACCUUAAAUAUUGGAUCUAAGUGUUUUUUUUUUUUUUUUCUUUUUCUUCACAUUUCAUUAACAGAACCCACUGGAUUCACUAUGGACAUUGAAUGUUCACGGCUCCUACCUUCUGUCUGUGCAGUUUUGGUAGACCCAAAGCAGUUUGUAGCUGAUGAUACCUGUUUGGAAAAACUACUAGACUGGUUUAAGACAGUAACUGAAGCAGAAUCUAGUCUGCUGGUAUUACAGGAGAAUCCUUGCUUGACAGAACUGCUCUUUCAUGUACUGAAACUACAAGAUGUGAAUUCCAGUAUCCUCUCUUUUACUCUACGACUUGCGGGAAUAUUUGCAGCCCAUGAAAACAGUUUUCAGUACCUCCAGCAGGGGGAGGUGUUGCUCAGCCUUUUCAGUGAAGCGGGGCCCCUCAGCAGGCCAGCCUGGGAGGACCCCUCUGUGCGAAGCGGCUGGAUCCAGGGUGUGGGCAGCAUGGUACAGCAUGAAAGGGCUGUACAGUUCCUAUGUGACUGUGGUGCUAUUGAUGUGAUUUUCUCCUUGCAAGGAGAUCCCAGCCUAUUUAUUGCUUCAGCAGCUAGUCAGCUGCUUGUGCACAUCCUGGGAUUCACCAUGCGUUCCAGUAGAGCCUCACCUCUCAAUAUACAGGACUGUGACUGGCCAGUGUGUGCUCAAAUGAUUGUAGAACACAUAGAAGAAUCCCUUCGCUCAGGGACAGUCCCUCAGAUCACACAGGCAUUGAAUGUACUGACCACGUUGUUUGGACGUUGCCAUGACCUGUGGACAGAAGUCCUUUGGAUGCAGAUGAAUCCACUUGUGGGAUCACUCCUGGAGAAAGAGCCACUCUUGGCUGCACAUUCACUGGUGGAUCUCCUCCUUAGUAUGGCACGCUCACCUGUGUUCAGCCAUCUGGAAUGUGAUCUGUGGACAUUGUCAACACAGGCUUUGAAUCGUCUAAGUCCGACUCAAGCAGGGCCCUUGGCUUUAGGCAUUCUGAAUCUCAAAGAUUGUCCACAGACAUUAAGGACCCAGGCUUUUAGCAUCCUGCUUCAGCCACUAGCUUGUGUUCUGCGAGCUGCCUCUCAGCCUCCUGGAUCCCCAGGUUUGCUGGAUGAGUCUGUAAAUGAUUCCGUGAUCACUGAUAUCCUCCUCUCCUCCAAAUCAGCAUGUGCUGGUCUCUUGUGUCAGACUCUGGCUCAUCUGGAAGAGCUGCAACCUCUGAACCACUUGCUAGUAGAUUGGCCACAUGCCCCUUUGCUCAGUGCUGUAAUGACAGUAUUACAGUUCUGUAGUGGCCUGGCCACCCCAGCCUCCAGUGUUGGAGAUAGGCUCUGUGGUAUCUUGAUUGGUUGCUUCAGAGUUCAGCGAUCAGCACUUGAUUUCCUAGGGACCCUUUCUCAAGGGACAAGCCCCAAUGAAUUGGUAAGACGCGUAGUUGAGAUCCUUCUGGUGUACCUCAGGAGCCCAGACUCUAGUCCUACAGUUCUGAAGAAGGCAUUUCAGGCCACACUCAAAUGGCUGUUGAGUUUAUCCAAAACCUCUACCUCCAGUGACCUCUGCCCACAAACCCAGCAUUUCCUUAGAGAUCUCUUCCCAAUAUUGCAGAAACGGCUAUGCAGCCCUUGCUGGGAGGUAAGGGACUCAGCCCUGGAAUUCCUUACCCACCUAACGAAACACUGGGGAGGGCGGGCUGGAUUCAGACAAGCUCUCCUCUCUUCGGAGGUGCCAGAGCUUGCAGAGGAUCUCCUCCGAGAUCCAGAGAGUUACGUCCGAGCGAGUGCCGUGACUGCCAUGGGGCAGUUGUCCAGCAGAGGCCUGUGUUCAAACCCUAUUGGCACCGAGAACAAAAAUGAUGAAAAGAAAAGCCUGUUCUUGGAACUUCUAGAAAUCCUCUCCACUGACUCAGAAGGCUUCCCUCGGAGGGCUGUGAUCCAGGUUUUCACUGAGUGGCUGAGGGAAGGUCACACAGAUGUGUCAAAGGAUAAGGAGCAAUUUGUAACCAAAGUGCUCCAGGUUGUGAGUUGUGACUUAGAUUGGGAGGUCAGAGUUCAAGGAUUAGAACUGGCUUUGGUCUUUCUUGUUCAAACCCUUGGGCAGCAUGGGACUGAGUGCCCCUAUGCUGUUGAAAUAUCCUCAGUGACUCAGUCUACCCUCCUUACUGAAUCACUACAGAUGCUCUGCCGUGUGAAACUCUUUGAAUUUAUAUUUAGCGCCUUAUGUGACUGUGACAGGCCAGUGGCCCGUAAGUCCUGUGAUAUCCUGCUGUACCUAAAGGCCAAACUGGCUCAUCACAGCAGCCUGCAAGGGAGUGGGGAAGCUUGCACUGCAUCCUUAGGAACCCAUAGCACUGCUUGGUUGGAAACCACUCUAAGGAAGUGGAAAGCAAGGGACCAGGGUCAGCCCAGUGGGGAUGCAGACAGAGUUGAUUGCCAAGAGCCUGAUGAUGUGUUAGAAGUCCUAAGGUCAGUAGAUUUGGAGGAACUUCAAGGAACAUUAGCUAAAAGUAGUGACCACAUUGAGAAAAGUCCUCAGUCCCUCUUGCAAGAUAUGCUGGCCACUGUAGGAAUAUUGGAAGAAAAUGAAGCUGACUGCUACUAAGCCAGCAGAGCAGUAAACAGCAUAUCUCCAAACUGGGAAAAUAGAUGAAAUCCUCUUUCCCAUGACGGGUAUGUGAGGUGUGAACAUGUAGCUCAUCCUGAAGUUUCCUAGAAGGAGUUAGUAGUGAUCACUUGAAACUAUGAGCAACCAGGAGCAGGUUCAGUGGCCUGUUUCUGUACAUGAGUUAUCUGAAGAUCCUGUUUAAAUCAGGCUAUAAUCCUAAACCUGCCUGAAAAAGGCAAACCAUGUGCCAGAUGAUGACUAAACAAAGGGAGUGCAUGUGCAACAUAUAUGUGUGUGCACAUACACACAUAUACACACACAAAUACAAAGCAAAUUCCAAACUAUAAAGUCUUUAUUUAGAUUUC